AUGGCGGCGCACUGCGAUUGCGGGGAGCCCACCACCGCGGUCGGCGAGCCGCCGCAGCCCUCCGGCAAGCUCAACCGGACUGCCUUCAAACUGUUUAAGCGGAGGAAAUCCGGCGGCGCCAUGCCAAGCAUCUUCGGUGUGCGAGGCGGCAAAGGCAAAAGCGGCGAAGGCGGCGGCGGCGGCGGCGGGCAGGCGGGCAUGGUGAGGAGUAAGACGCACGACGGGCUGGCCGAGGCGGUGCUGGAGAGCGGCAAGAAGGAGGAACCGGGCGGCGGCGGCGGCGGCGGCGGCGGCGGAAGGGACGAGCAGCGCGGCGACGGGGCCAAGGAGUCUUCGUCCUCCUCUACCUCCUCCUCCUCCGCCGCGGCGGCGGCGGCUGUGGCGGUGGGCAAGUCGCACAGCUUCUUGUCGCUCUUGCGCAAAAACGGCGGCAAAGGCGAGCGGCCGAAAGGGCGCGGAGGGCUCAAGGGGCUAUUCAGCAGCAUGCGGUGGCCCCGCAGGGAGAGCAAGCCCGGCGGCGGCGGCGGCGCCCGGGAAGACGAGGCCGGCGAGAGCUCCGAGAACAGCCAGCCCAGCCCCAGCCUCCUCAUGCCGGGCUCCUUGACUGCCAGCCUGGAGUGCAUCAAAGAGGAGGCCCCGCGGCCGCUGGCCGAAGCCCCCCCGAGCUCGCCAGACUUGGCCGGUGGGGACAAGCCGCUGCCCGCCCAGACCACCGAGGCGACGGCUGCCGCUCAAGAGGAGGAGCCGCAGGCCCCCCUGCACAGCCCCCCGGGAGAGGAGCCGCCCGGGAUCCAGGCCAAGGAGAGGCACCCCCCGCCGCCGCCAGAGAGCGAGGGCCAAGAGACCAAGGAGGACUCGGCUGCUCUAACAGGCUGUGGGGACAUUAUUGCUGACCAGGAGGAUGACGCCCGCAGUGGUGGAGGUGGCAGUGACAAGAGCGCCGCUGGGGUCGGCAAGCCAGGGGCCUCCAAAAAGCCUCCUAGCGUGGUGGCUUACCAAGGCGGAGGAGAGGAGAUGGCCAGCCCCGAGCAGGUGGGGGACACCUGCGCCUCGGAGUUCUGGGAUACCUUGUCCCAAUCGGAGGAGAAGUCUCAGGAGACCCCAGCAGGGACAGAAUCGCUUGAGGCCUCCAAAGAUGGCAGAAAGGUUCAGGAUGGGUCAGCAAGUGAGAAGCACAUUGGUGUCAACCAGGUUCCAGCUCACCACAAAGAUCAGAAGAGCAGGGAAAAGGAGCAACAAGAGGCUGUCCCCAGCAGUGACGAGGGCUAUUGGGACUCUACCACACCCGGACCUGAGGAAGACAAUGCUAACAGUAUCCAGAAAGAGGUAAUUCCCAGGGACAGCUACAGUGGGGAUGCUCUGUAUGAUCUUUACACUGAUCCAGAUGAGAACACAGCUGCGGUGACUUCUGCAGACGUCACCUCUGUGAGUUGCUGCAAGCCACUGUCUCCAGUAACCAGCACAUGCCCAGUCAAAACCCAUACAACUUCACUCAAGGAUUCCAAGAUACCCAUCAGUAUCAAGCAUUUUACAUCGCCACAUGGCAGUCACGGUCCGGAUGCCAGUAAUAGCCAUCAUACUGCACAUCACCAGCCCACCAAAAGUGAGAUCCCUAGAACAAAAAUCCCAGUUUCUAAAGUGCUCGUGCACCGGGCCAGUUACCGGAGCUUAGCAGGGACAACAGGUAAAACAGCCACAUAUCAUGAAAGUGCCAAAAAAUAG